AUGCGUGGCAUCAACGACGCCGACAACACCCUCGCCUCGUGGCAAUGGGAGAAAGAUUGCUGCCGGUGGAUUGGCGUCACCUGCAGCAGCAACCGAAUCCGAAUGGCCGGCAAUGUCAUCCGGCUUGAACUCUCUGAGGCUUCUUUGGGUGGCCAAGUUUUGCAAGGCCGGAUGAGUCCUUCCUUGGCUUCUCUCGAGCAUCUUGAGUACCUCGACCUCAGUGCUCUCGUCCUUCCGGGCAUCAACAGCAGUAGCCCAAAGUUCUUGGGUUCUAUGACGAACCUGAGAUAUCUUGAUCUCUCUGGGUGUUUUCUCUCUGGUAGUGUGUCUCCUUGGCUCGGCAACCUUUCCAAAUUGGAGUACCUUGAUCUCUCUUUCUCAACCUUGUCAGGUAGGGUUCCACCUGAGCUCGGUAACCUGACAAGGUUGAAACAUCUGGACCUUGGUAACAUGCAACAUAUGUACUCGGCAGAUAUCUCAUGGAUUACUCAUCUGCGAUCCUUGGAGUAUCUUGACAUGAGCUUGGUGAAUCUGCUGAACACAAUUCCAUCUUUGGAGGUUCUCAACCUUGUGAAAUUCACACUUCCUAGUACACCCCAAGCACUCGCGCAACUAAACCUCACGAAACUCGUGCAGCUCGAUCUCUCGUCGAACAGAUUGGGCCAUCCAAUCCAAUCAUGUUGGUUUUGGAACCUGACGAGUAUCGAAUCCCUCGAGCUCUCUGAAACAUUUCUUCAUGGUCCGUUUCCUACCGCGCUAGGAAGUUUCACGGCACUCCAGUGGCUUGGGUUUAGUGAUAACGGUAAUGCAGCAACGUUGCUAGCGGACAUGAGAAGUCUCUGUUCUAUGAAAAGCUUGGGUCUAGGUGGUAGUCUAUCUCAUGGGAACAUAGAGGAUUUGGUAGACAGGUUGCCACAUGGUAUUACUAGAGAUAAACCAGCACAAGAAGGGAAUUUUACAAGUUUGUCUUAUCUUGAUCUUUCUGACAACCAUCUUGCUGGGAUUAUACCAUCAGAUAUUGCAUAUACCAUCCCUAGCUUAUGUCACCUUGACCUUUCUAGGAAUAAUCUGACUGGACCUAUACCCAUAAUAGAGAACUCUAGCUUAAGUGAGCUCAUCCUCCGUUCCAACCAACUAACGGGUCAAAUACCGAAAUUAGAUAGAAAAAUUGAAGUCAUGGAUAUCUCCAUAAACUUGUUGUCAGGGCCUUUGCCCAUAGAUAUUGGGUCUCCAAACCUUCUAGCACUAAUUCUGUCCUCUAAUUAUCUUAUCGGUCGAAUUCCAGAAUCAGUUUGUGAAUCACAGUCCAUGAUUAUCGUGGAUUUGUCCAACAAUUUUCUUGAGGGAGCCUUUCCCAAGUGUUUUCAGAUGCAAAGGUUGAUUUUCCUCCUCUUAAGUCACAAUAGCUUCUCUGCUAAACUCCCAUCAUUUCUCCGCAACUCAAAUUUGUUAAGCUAUGUGGAUCUAUCAUGGAACAAAUUCAGUGGAACAUUGCCACAAUGGAUUGGACAUAUGGUGAACUUGCAUUUUCUACACCUUAGCCACAACAUGUUUUACGGUCAUAUUCCAAUCAAAAUCACAAAUCUUAAAAAUCUCCACUACUUCAGUUUAGCAGCAAACAAUAUAUCUGGUGCAAUACCACGGUGUUUGUCAAAGUUAACAAUGAUGAUAGGAAAACAAUCGACAAUAAUAGAGAUCGAUUGGUUUCAUGCGUAUUUUGACGUUGUGGAUGGGUCUCUUGGAAGAAUUUUCUCUGUUGUGAUGAAGCACCAAGAACAACAAUAUGGUGAUAGCAUUCUCGAUGUGGUGGGCAUCGACUUGUCACUCAAUAGUUUAACUGGUGGAAUACCGGAUGAGAUCACUUCUCUUAAAAGAUUGCUCAGUUUAAAUUUAUCAUGGAAUCAAUUGAGCGGAGAAAUCGUAGAGAAGAUUGGGGCGAUGAAUUCAUUGGAAUCACUUGACCUCUCGCGGAACAAAUUUUCUGGUGAAAUUCCUCCAAGUUUGGCCAAUCUGGCAUAUCUAAGCUACUUGGACUUGUCAUACAAUAAUCUUACAGGAAGAAUUCCACGAGGAAGCCAACUCGAUACCCUCUAUGCCGAGAACCCUCACAUAUAUGAUGGAAACAACGGUCUCUAUGGUCCUCCCCUCCAAAGGAAUUGCUUGGGCAGUGAACUACCAAAGAAUAGCAGCCAAAUCAUGAGCAAAAAUGUUUCUGAUGAGCUAAUGUUCUACUUUGGACUUGGGUCCGGGUUUACAGUUGGUCUCUGGGUUGUUUUCUGUGUUGUAUUGUUCAAGAAAACUUGGAGAAUUGCCUUGUUUCGCCUCUUUGAUAGGAUACACGACAAAGUAUAUGUGUUUGUCGCCAUAACCUGGGCCAGUAUUGGUAGAGAGGCUACCACAGAUUAA